GUACCAGCCGUGCGACUUUCUAUGUUAUACUCGCUCAGGCUCUAACUUGUAGACUGUAGUAGCCCAAACUCUCCUGAAAAUUACUACUCCCGGCUCGUCGCACUUGUGUACUCUACGACCACAGUCACAUCGGUCCCAAAAAAGGAAACGGAUUUUUUUGUACGUCCCAUCUUUUGCCAAUUGCUGCUGCCUUUUGGAGGUCUAAAACUUUGAAGUCAAGGACAUUAGUUGAAAAAUGAAGCGUGAGGCAGAUGCACCCGGAGGUGGCCCUGGAGGCCCCGCUCCCAAUAAGCGCUACAGACAGGGCGAUGAGGAAUUAAGAUUCCUUAUUCCAAGCAGAAUUGCUGGAUCAAUAAUUGGACGUGGAGGUCAAAAUAUCGCCAAGCUCCGCAGUCAGUACAAAGCCUCAAUCACUGUACCCGAUUGUUAUGGACCCGAACGGAUACUGACCAUCAGUUCGGACUUGGAGCAGGCUCUUACUAUUCUAAACGAGCUUAUACCUAAACUCGAAGAGAGCAGUCCUAAGAAUGGAAAUGAAGCUGAUCUUGACUUGCGUAUGCUGGUACAUCAGAGCCAAGCUGGUUGCGUCAUUGGUAAAGGCGGCGGCAAGAUUAAGGAACUCCGUGAGAAAACUGGAGCGAGAAUCAAGAUCUACUCGAACUGCUGUCCCCAUAGCUCGGACCGUGUCAUCAGCGUGUCCGGCAAAGCUGAGGUUGUCAUGGAUUGUAUCCGUGAACUCAUCAAUACCAUCAAAACUUCCCCGCUGAAAGGAAUCAACAACCCUUACGACCCAAGAAAUUAUGAAGAAUUCUUCGCUGAAGAAUACGGCGGUUUUGGACCCGACGGUCAGCCUGCAGGUGGCGGCAGUGGUGGCAAGCCCGGAGGUUUCGGUGGUGGCCGUGGCGGCAACCAAGGUGGCAUGAACCGUGGCGGACCACGAGGCGACCGUGGCGGAGAUUUCCGAGGUCCUCCCUCAGGCCCACCUGAUGGACCUCCGAUGAACCGCGGAGGCUUCAUGGGUGGACGUGGACCCGGCGGACCCGGCGGGCCUGGCGGUCCAGGUGGCCGCGGCCCAGGUGGACCAGGUGGUCCAGACCGUGGUGGUUACGGUGGACGUGGUGGUCCAGGCGGACCACCUGGCGGUUAUGGCGGCCCAGAUCGUGGUGGAAACCAAGGAGGUUACAAUAGCAACCGCGGUGGACCUCCACCUAACUAUGGAGGCAAUGGAGGCGGAGGUGGUGGAAACUACAAUGGAAAUGGUUGGGGUGGUGGAAACUCCAACGGCAUGGGAGGUGGCGGUGGUAACAUGGGAAUGGGUGGCGGUGGAAUGGGUGGUGGAGGAAUGGGCGGAGGCGGCAUGGGCGGAGGAGGCAUGGGCGGUGGAGGCAUGGGCGGUGGAGGCAUGGGCGGCAACGUCACCAGCACUCAAGUCACGAUUCCCACUGAUCUUGCUGGAGCCAUCAUCGGCAAAGGAGGUGCACGAAUCCGCAAAAUUCGUACUGAAAGCGGCGCUGGUAUAACUAUCGAUAUGCCGUUGCCUGGUAGUAAUGACCGCAUUAUCACAAUUACUGGUAUGCCAAACCAGAUACAAAUGGCACAGUUUCUCUUGCAACAAAGCGUGCACGAGAAUUCUGAUCAAGCAUAUUAAAGGAGUACCGUUAAUUAUGGAUAAGAAAGAGGGAGAGAACGGGCGAGCCAAAGAUCCAUUCGUAACGUUUUCUAACGAAAAUUACAUCUUGGAUUCUCAUAAGAUCAUUAUGAAACAUCUAUAUAAACCAAGCAAAAUCUUUAUCCGAACCGCUCGUCUAAGAUGAUUGUGAAACAUAAGCAUAAGCAUAAGGGAUCAUAUUUUUUCAAUGUCUAAAAUCAAACAAAUAAAUCCAUCGUCAGUAAUACUAGUACAGGCAAAUGCUCCUCAAUCUCCAGCUUUUCUUUAUGUUAGUUAACGGUUUUUAUAAUCCAACGAGUGGUUUCAAGUCGUUGUAAACAUUGUGUACACAAUGAAGCUAAUAUUAGUAUUUUAAGAUUCAGCAUUAAUUUUAUUAAUUCAAAAAUUAGGUUAUAUUUAAUUUUUAUUCUUAAUCUUUACUUACUGAUCAUUUUGAAUUUUUUAAUUCAAAACUUCUCCGCGUGUAAAAUAACUCCUUCUUUAAAUAAAUCAAGAUUCAUGUAUAUACUUGAACAGUUGAAACCACUCGUAGAUAAUUAAUAUUUCUUUUUUAUAAAAAUGGAACAACGCUAGAAUAGUACCCGCUAUUGUAAAGAGCUACCCAAAAUACAUAACAUUCAAGUUUGAAGUUGAAAAAGCCAUCGCUGCGAUUGAAAGUAAAUUAUUGAACAUUGAAUUAUAAAGAUAUUUGAAUGAAAAAAAAAUAAUGAAUGAAUAAAGUGGAAAUCUAAAGUUUCUAAAGAUUUUGUAAAUAAGCAAUAAAAAUGGUAUACUUUCCUUCGCAUAAUUUAACCACCCUUCAUCGACUGCAGUAGUUCGUUAAAAAAGUAGACUAUCAUUAUAUUAUUACUUAUUACACUGCGUAAAUUACGAAACAAUUAUAGUCCGCAUUACCUCGUGUAUAAGAAAAAUACUAUACAUUUUCUAUUUCAAUUGAAACAAGCUAAUAACACCUGUUAUGUGAAUAUAAAAUUACAUCUUUGUACAUCUAUUUAAAAUGUUUUAAUACCUGUAUUAAAGGUAACUUAAAAUGCUUCUUAUAUUAGAACUUCUUCAAAUUCUCAAUCUAGAAGCUAGAAUUUUUAAAACAAGAUUGUCAUAUAUUCCAUACCACUUUUUGAGAGUUAGUCAAGAAAAAUUAGGAAUACUAGCGUAGUUGAAACCGCUGGAGAACAUGUUGUGAACUAACUUUCUGUUAUUUUAAAAAAUCAAAAUUUAAUUUGUGUUCUUUUUACUUUGUACAAAAAUAAAUCAUUUAAUUGUAUAAUGAAAAACAAAUUUAUACACAAAUGAUGCCAAGCAAAUUUCACUAGUUCAAUAUUUUAAUUGAGAUUGUUUUAUCAUGGCAUUUAUACACUACUCCAGUUUUUAUUAAUCUGAUAUUUAAAUAUAAAGUAGAAAAAGUCAUAUCUUAGAUUUCCUCUGAGUACAGAAUAAUCUUUUUUUAUAUGCUCAAUAUAUAUUUGAUAACUAUAUUGAAUAGUAAAACUUCGUAUUGACGAAUCGAUUGCGAUAAGCUAGUUUUUCCGAAUUAUGAAAAACCUUUGAAUAUUUAUAAAUUUUUCUUAUUAACACCCAGUUUGUAAAACUCCCUUCCCUACGCACCCAAUAUACAAUCCAUGCAUUAUUAGUUCAAGGGCAUUGUUCAUCGUAAUGUAGUUUUUUGUUUAAGUAAUUUUAGUUUGUAAAAAUUUUUGACAAAGUUUGUAAUGUUCUAUUAUCAUAUGAUGGCUAUACUUUUCUUUUCAUUAAAAUAACGAAUCAGGAGAAAACAGAAGAUCUCGAAAAAUCUCGCUCGCAACUCUGUGCGUCUAAAAAAUUAGUGUUUAAAUUUGACGGAAUUAAAAUCUGUAAUUUAUUUUUAUAUUUGUACAAAAAAAACUGUGUAAUCAGAUGAAAAAAUAUAUUGUAUGCGACUGCGGGCAUUGAUUGUAAUUUAGGAGAAGUAAAAGUGAAGCUUUACGCUUUGGGUGGGAGGAUUUUUUUCACAAAAUAACUAUUAGAUGAAAAUCUCCUCGCAAAAUAAAGCAUUGUGAGACCACGCGUUUAUACAUAAGGAAUAAUUUUUGCAAUUGAUUUGUACAAUCACUUUUUAUUUAUCGAAUAAACUUAGUACAAAUACUCUGAA